GGAGAGGAGUCGGCCGAAUGACGUGAACAGUGCGGCAGCCAAUGAGAGCGCACGUUUGCCGCCCCGCCUCUUCCCCCUGUGCACACAAAGGCUGCGGGCUGGAUAAGCUCAGCUAUAAUUCCUCUACUCCGUGAUACGAUUUGACAUAUUAAAUAUGUCAGACAGUGAGCCCAGUCCGUCUGGGGAGCCAGCAUCCGAUAAUGAACGCUGCCAGGACAGUGACAAGGUCUCCCUUGAUAUGUAUUAUGACGUUGAAUCCAAUUCUGACUCUGAAUAUGACCGGAUGAACACUGCUGUGUCUGAUGAUGAUUCAACUGAAGAUUUAGUGGUGAUAAAUGAAAAGGGGGAGACUUGUAUGAUGUCCAGCUCAUCUUCAAAAGUGGAAAAGAUACCAGCGGGAAAGGAUGUCUACAACAAACAAGACCCAUGUGCCAGGCUGGUGGACAACUGCCACAACAAUGCCAUUGACCCCAAAACUGGUAAAGUGAUGGAAAUGACCACCUUUUUGUGCAUUGACUGUGGCAAGAGCUUCACGGACAAAUCUCGCUUUGUGAAGCACCAGAAGACACACUUGGUAGCAAAGCCUCAUACUUGUAACGUGUGUGGUAAGGCUUUUUCAUAUAAUUCACACUUGAUCAUACAUCAGAGAACUCAUGGUGGCGAGAGACCCUUUGCAUGUUCCUAUUGUGAAAAGUCUUUCACUGAUCGCCCGUCUCUUGUGAAACACGAAAGAAUUCACACCGGAGAAAAGCCAUUUUCUUGUACAGUCUGCGGAAGAAGCUUCACCGACCAUUCAAAUCUGUUGAAGCACCAUAGUAUCCACACACGGGAGAAGUCCUUCACCUGCCUGGAGUGUGGAAAGAGCUUUACGGACCGGUCCAGUAUGGAGAAACACCAGACUGUUCAUUGUGGGGAGAAGUCCUUCCAGUGUGGUGAAUGUGGGCAGAGGUUCACAGAAAACUCUGCUCUGGUUUUCCAUCUACGGAGCCACACUGGGGAGAAAUCGUAUUCCUGCAAGGAGUGCGGAAAAACCUAUUCCUGCAAUUCACACCUAAUUUUGCACCAGAAAAGUCACGCUGGCGAAAGACCCUUUGUGUGCCAGAAAUGCGGAGAAAGCUUCAUGGACAGCUCCACCUUGGUGAUACACCAACAGGUUCACUCUGAGGAGAAACCCUUUGUGUGCCAAAUAUGUGGGAACGGCUACACCAAGAAGUCGGCUUUGGUGAAGCAUCAGAGGACCCACGCAGAUGUGAUGAAUGAAAAGGGGAGGCCUUGUCCGAUGUCUAGAUCAUCAACAGAAGUAGACAAGAUGCCAGCGGGAAAGGACAUCUGCAACACACAAAAUCACUCUGAGGGGCCUCACACUAAGCUAGUGGACAACUGUUACAGCAUCUACAAUGCUAUUGAUCCCAUAACGGGUAAAGUGAUGGAGAUGACUACCUAUUUGUGCAUUGAAUGCGGAAAGAGCUUCACAGACAGAGCUCGGUUUGUAAAGCACCAGAAGACGCACUCGGUAGGGAAACCUCAUAUUUGUACAGUUUGUGGUAAGGCUUUUUCAUAUAACUCACACCUGGUCAUACACCAGAGAAUCCACGCAGGUGAGCGACCCUUUGCUUGUUCUUACUGUGAAAAGUGUUUCACUGAUCGCCCAUCCCUUGUAAAACAUGAGAGAAUUCACACCGGAGAAAAGCCUUUUAAUUGUACGGUCUGUGGAAAAAGCUUCACUGACCGGUCGAAUCUGGUAAAACACCACCGUAUCCACACACGGGAGAAAUCCUUUACCUGCCUGGAGUGUGGAAAGAGCUUCACAGACCGGUCCAAUCUGGUGAAACACCAGAGGAUCCAUAGUGGGGAAAAGUCUUUUCAAUGUGGUGAAUGUGGGAAGAGAUUCACGGAAAACUCCACUCUGGUUGUCCAUCGGCGAAGUCACACUGGCGAGAAACCUUAUGCCUGCAAGGAGUGUGGUAAAACCUAUUCUUGCAACUCGCAUCUAAUUGUGCACCAGAGAACACACACCGGUGAGAGGCCCUUCCAGUGCCGGGAGUGCGGCAAAAGCUUCACAGACAGCUCCACUUUGGUUAUACACCAACGGGUUCACACUGGAGAGAAGCCCUUUAUGUGCCUAACAUGUGGGAACCGCUACACCAAGAAGUCAGCUAUGGUGAAGCAUCAGAGGACCCACACAGGUGAGAAACCAUUCACCUGUACUCAGUGUGACAAGAACUUCAUUGACAGCUCAUCUCUGGUCAAACAUCAGCGCACUCACACCGGUGAGAAGCCAUUCACCUGCAUCCAGUGUGGAAGGAACUUUGCCGCUCGGUCCACCCUGGUAAAACACCAGAGAACCCAUAGUGGAGAGAAGCCAUACGCAUGCCCUGUGUGUGGGAAGUGCUUCUCCUGUAACUCUCACCUGGUGGUUCAUCAGCGCUUCCACACUGGGGAAAAGCCAUUCCCAUGUACUGUAUGUGGCAAAAGUUUCACGGACAGCUCCACCUUGGUGAAGCAUCAGCGUAUACAUACUGGGGAACGGCCUUACAUUUGCAACUAUUGUGGCAAGAACUUCAUUGAUAACUCCACCUUGAUCAAACACCAAAGAAUUCAUACUGGGGAGAAGCCAUAUUCCUGCAAAGUGUGUGGGAAGUGCUUCACUGACAGCUCUACCCUUGUGAAACACCAAAGAAUCCACACUGGGGAGAAACCUUAUAGGUGUAAUGAGUGUGGCAGAAGCUUCACUGACUGUUCAACUCUUAUUAAACAUCAAAGAAUCCACCGGAAAGGAGAACAGAUUGCUGAUGUGGUAAUGGUUACAGUGGACCCUGGACAGCCAGAGUCCAUCAUAAAGAAUGAAGUAGAAGUGAAUACAUAGAAGAGGACUGGAGUAAAAAAGUGAACAGAUUAUUUUUAAUGUUGUCACCCCAGCUAAAACUGGUGGACUCUGAUGAGUUUAAACACCUACUGCCUUCUUAUAUAAUACCUUAUUGGGACUCUAGGCCUUUGAUCUUGUCCAUCCCUGGGCUUCUCUGUUCUGCCACCCCCAACUCCAUGACCAUUGCAGAGUGAAGUGAGAUAAUUCUACUGGUCUUUGUGUGCCCGCAACAUGGAAAAUAAGUACCUGCCAAUUUACAACCUAAGAUCUAGCUACUGGAUGCCCACAAGAGUUUUUCAAAAAUAUAAGGAGAUGAUAGAUGAUUAAAUUUACCCCUUGGGGAUUAACAGAUCUGAGCAUCAACAUUGCUCAUGUCAUCCCCAUUUUCUGACCUUUAUUGAAUUCAUGCCUGCAUUGCUCCACUCUUGCCAGAUAUUUCUGUGCCAUGGUAAGUUUGCUUUCCAGUCACAAAUCUAUAAUGGGUACAGAAAGCCUUGACAUGAUGGUGAACAAAACUGGGUUAACCACUUUUUGCACAGGAAAGUGCAGAUGCCAUAUCUUGAUUAAGAGCAUUUAGGUUUAAAGGAAAACUUGAUAUUCUUCAAUUAUGUAUACUCAUUUCUUUAUGUACCUUUUGAUCAUUUUUAUAUACUAUAUUUUUAUAUAAACUCUUUGCUAUUCUUUACAUCCAGAAAGUAGCAUGUUGCAACAAGUAGCCAAUAAAUGUUAAACUCGUA